ACGGACUCUCCCUUCAAACGGGAAACAAGAUGGCGGCGGCAGGUCCGAGCACUCGGGCUUCUUCCUCGGCGGCCACGGCGGCUCUGAGUCGGCGGGGCCGGCGGGGCCGCUGUGACGAGAUGGCCGCAGCGAAGACCGGGGUUCCGGGCCGGGCCUCUAGCCCCGCGUUGUUAGUGUUGCGGCCGCCGCCGCAGUCGGAGGAGUCGGGCUGCCCCGGGUGCCUGGAGACCCCGGGGGAAGUGGCGGCCCUGCCGUGCGGCCACUCGCGGUGCCGAGGCUGCGCCUCCCGCGCGGCGGGCCGGGGCUGCCGUCGCUGCCGCCCUCGCGGCUCGGGCUGGGCCCGCCGUCGGGCCCGCGACGACGGCCAGGGCGCCGCGGAGCUGAUGGGCGAGCGCACCCGCCGCGGACAGCCGGAGCGCUGCCGCCCGCGCCGGGACGGGGGCGCGGCCGCCUCGGGGCCCAGGCCGGAGCCGGAGCCGCUCGCGGAGCCAGAGUUCAUAUUCAGAGCACCAAUCAAAUUAAGCAAGCCUGGAGAACUUCAUGGGGAAUAUGAAUGCCUGAGAAAGCUGAGAGAAGAGAAGUUACAAGAAGAAAAAACUUGUGAGGAUCAGAUCCACAAGCUACUGCAAGAGGAUUCAGAAACGGGGAAGAGGAAAACAGAUGAACAGAAAAAGAGAGAUGAGCCAGUAGUGCUGAAAGCAAGCCUGGAGCAGUGUCCUGCACGCCUCUCGGAUUCAGAGAAUGAAGAACCUUCUCGGGGUCAGAUGAUACAGGCACAUCGCUCAGCGUUUGUCUCCAAGAACAGCUCCUACUCCUUAGCUUUUCUGGCAGGGAAGCUAAACACCAAGGUGCAGAGGAGUCAGAGCUGCAGUGACACAGUUCAGGACAGAGUGAGGAGCAGGCUCAGAACAGCUCCAGCCAACAGAGCCAAGGUCACAACUAUAACUCCAGGCUCUACCCCCAUUAUUGGUGUCCUCUUGUCUACUCAGAACAACCGCUGCCUCUCGGCCCCUGACUUAACCAUAGAAAAGCGCCUGCCCUUCAGCUCCCUCUCGUCCUUGGCUUCUUUGCAUAGGCCGGAGCGCUCUAUCAGCCCAGAAAGCAAUGACAGCAUCUCCGAAGAGCUUAACCACUUCAAGCCCAUCGUCUGCUCACCAUGCACCCCUCCCAAGAGACUCCCCGAUGGCCGAGUGCUCAGCCCUCUCAUCAUCAAGUCUACACCCCGCAAUCUGAGCAGAAGCCUGCAGAAGCAGACUUCCUACGAGGCCAGCCCUCGGGUCCUCAAGAAGUGGGAGCAGGUCUUCCAGGAGCGGCAGAUCAAGAAGACCUUUUCCAAAGCCACUCUCACCUCCCUGGCCCCUGAAGCAGGAGAAGAGUUGCCAGGCUCUGAAGCUAUCCAUUCCAGCAAGGAGAGGCCGCCUCUGGCUUUAAGUACAAGGUUGUCCAGGGCCCAGCUGCUCUCAGAGUGUGCUGGGCCCACCUCCACUGCCCUUGAGUAUUUCCCCUCUGUUAACCAGACAAAAGCAGAACAGGACUGUGUUAGGAAAAGGAGCCAUGAGGUCUCAUUGGAAACCUGUGCCUCAGAGCACAGAGGAGUAGCCAGUGGGCCUUCUUUGGAAGGGGAACAGUUUGAGGAGUCAAAGUCCACCAUAGAUGCCACAGUAGUCAAAACUUGCAUAAGCACAGUCAUGAAGCCCUCUGCAGUUAAUUCAGUUCUACCCCAAAAUGAUGUGUUGGGUGGGGCCCUCAAAACAAAGAAACAGCCAAAGACACAUAGUCAUUUUGAUCUGGCUAAUGGUAUUCUGGUCAACAGCCUAGGAGAGGAGCCAAUUUCUUCCCUGCGUAGGGGCCGGAAAAGACGCUGUAAGACUAAGCACUUGGAACAAAAUGGUGUUAAGAAACUGCGACCACCCAGUGGUGGAGAGGGCCAGGCCUCCAAAGACCCAGGGCUGAGAAGGGUGGGGCGGAAAUCGCAGCAGGAGGAAGAGGACCCGCAGCUGGCUUUGCAGUCACAGCACACGUUUGACAGUGAGAGGCGGACUAUGAGCAGGCGAAAAGGACAUGUGGAGCAGUAUCUCCUGCGGUCCAGCAGCCUGGCCGGGGCCAAGUAGCACUUACUGUACAGUGUGACGUUACCUGCUUUGCAGAGGUCCUUGGCCUCAAUCAUUUAUCCAAAAGAGCUAGCUGAAUGUUCUCACUUUGAGUUUCUUUCAAUGGCAAAACACUGUCUAAUAUGGUUCAGAGAGGCUUCAGGGCCUUGGUAAUCAAAAGCCAAUGUCUGAAUCUUUGGUUGUCUA